AAUCACCAAUGUCAAGUAUCAAGACUAGUUUAUUUUGUUUUGAUUUCCAGUACAUCAUUAAACCCAUAACGAAAUAAAAAUAAAUAGAUAUGUUAAAACCAAGAGCAUUGUCUCAAGUAUUGGCCCAAGCAAAUACGGGAGGAGUACAAACAACUUUAAUGAUAAACGCAGAAGGCUCCUUAUUGGCUUAUAGUGGUUAUGGAGAUAAAGAUGCUAGAGUAACUGCAGCAAUAGCUAGCAACAUUUGGAGCGCUUAUGAAAGAAAUGGAAGAAAUGUUUUUAGAGAAGACCAUCCCCAAAUAGUACUCAUGGAAUGCCAAGAAGGUCGAAUAGCAAUUACUCAAGUAGCCAGCGUACUACUCUGUUUGUAUGCAAAAAAAUCUGUUGGUUUUGGUAUUUUAAAACAAAAAGCCAUGGCUUUGGCUUCAUAUUUAGAAGACCCACUAAAACAAGUUGCCUUAUAUCGAAAGGAUAGAAGUUGAACCUUAGCUUUUAAUUAAUUCAUUUAUUCUCCACUUAUUUAACAUAUUGAAUAAAAGUAAGAUUAUCUAUUCCAUUACUUGUAAAUGAUACAUUAAAAUAAUUAUUGAUCGAUUGUGCUUAAUUGUUCUGUAAAUGAUAGUUUCUAAUAAUUAUUCUCAUAUUUAAUGAAAUUCGAAUAAUGAUGAAUCUGUGAAUUAGAUGAGAUGAUGUAGAACAGAAGGAAAAAUUAUAGACAAUGAAAACAAACCUCAACCUUGCCGUUUGAAGAAAAUACUGAGAUUAUCAAAAAUUCUGCAAGUAGUGGAAAAAAAAGAUUUUUUCUAUUACCCUUGAGGGAUAAGUAGUAACUUAUUAUUCACUGUUGCAGUCGAGAAAAUCACAACAUUAUUUUUUUCCCAAUUGAAACAAUACAAUACAUUUUUGUGGGCCUUUGAAUCCUCAAAAUCAUUAAUUAUAUUGCUUUUCUUGACUUGAAUAGUUCUCCACACAUUUCAAAAAAGAAAAGUUUCUAUUGCCUAAAAAAUGUGGACACAGCAAUACGAAGUGCUGUAUCAAAGUUUGGAUAAAUGUUUUCUAAAUUCUACUCUUGCAAGUACAAAGACAGAUUUUCUAAUGAUCUAGAUCUUUGUUUUAUUGAAAUUCUUUCAAAUAAAAGGUAGAUUUACAAGUGUGUGAUUUAUUGAAAUAAUUCUGUUUCUAAAUUAUCAUGGUCCAUUUUUUUAGGUAACUAGCUUUUUCCAUUGGAAUGGAUGAUGGUGAAAUGUGAAAGAAACCAGUCCUAACGACAACAUAAUUAAUUAACACUGGCUCCACACGUUUGGACUAACUUGACUAUGAUCAUGGAGCAUUUUAAAACAGUGCCCAAUAGACUUAAAAAAGAAAUUAUGUUGUGUGCAACUGCUGCGAUGAUUGCAAACAACUAUGAUUUGAAUUUAUUUCUACAAAAUAAAAGUCCUCGUAAAGGGAGAUGGUGGGUUACAACUCUUGAUAGAUUAUGAAAUCAGUAAUUUGAUUGGCAAUUGUAAACUGAUAGUACAUGUCAAUUUGUAUAUGUUGCCAUUACGACAUUUCUGUUUUUGUGUUUUGGCGGUUCUUUCGAAUCUAUUCCAUACUAAUGCAUUUGUCCAACCGAAGCUAUUUUUAAUAAUAAUUCACUUUACAUGCUCAAACGUCUUGAACUCUAAUAAGACUGAAUAUCAAACUAAUUUUGGUCGGCUAGAAGACCGGCGAAACAAAUUCCUUCGAUCUAUUUCAAUAUAUAAAUAAGGGACAAUUAACUUGGGCGCAAAAAAACAAUAUUUAUGGCACUAAGGAUGAUGAUACAUGGGGACGAUAGAGACUCCGAAAUAUAUCGAACGUAAUAGAAACAUGCAAUCACACUAUUCUUCAAAACUAUUUUAUAUGCUACCUGAAAAUAGAUGCGAUAUUUACAAGUAAAUAAUGAUAAUACUAUAUCAUUAGCAUUAAUCACCUUUUCAAGGCAUUAUUUCUUUAUAUAUUUCAAACAAUGUCUAUAGUAUAAUUUACCAUUAUAUAUGCAAAUACUGUUACUAUUUUCCGAUAGCAUAUGGAAUAGCGCAGAUUGGUUGAAUAUAUUACGCUAGUUCUCAAUUCUCCCCAUGUUACCCGACUAUAAUAAUCACGUAUAUCUUAGAAUCCACAAUAGCUACUAUACAGAAAAAUGAAAAAAUCUGACAAUCACCCAGAAAAAUUAUGAACACCAAAGUGAAAUCGAGCGUAAUAAUUACAUAAGAAAGGGGUCCUCAAGGAAAUGGAUU